CUCCAACUGUCUACCAGCUAAAUACAACAUGUAUUGUACACACAUUUAAAAGAAGAAAAAAGACCUCACUUGCAGUCACUAUCAACAAAGAUUACAUGUCAGCUUGACCACACCUGUGAGUGUGUCAAAAAUUACACAUGGGCGUUUUGGACACGUGAGAGUUUACAGGAGGGGCCCUGUGAUAUAGUCCAUGCUCAGGAACUCUUGGACCACAGCACUCACACCAUAACCACACCUUCACACACAGCUGGGAUUCUGAGCCUGCAGGAUGACUUGCAACAAGGUGCUGUUCUUUUUGAAGAGUCUAUCGAGGCGAAAGCCAUUGGAGCCUGAUGGUGAAGAGUCCACCUUUAAGCGCUGCUUAACCACACUCGACCUAGUGGCCCUUGGGGUGGGAAGUACACUUGGUGCUGGGGUCUAUGUCCUUUCUGGGGAGGUUGCCAGAACAGUAUCUGGUCCCAGCAUCAUCGUGUCAUUCUUCAUUGCGGCAGUGGCAUCUGUGUUUGCGGGCUUGUGCUAUGCAGAGUUUGGCGCCCGGGUGCCCAAGACUGGCUCUGCCUACCUGUACAGCUACGUCACUGUCGGAGAGGUGUGGGCCUUCAUCACCGGCUGGAACUUACUGUUGUCAUACAUCAUAGGGACAUCCAGUGUGGCAAGAGCAUGGAGUGGCACUUUCGAUGACCUGAUUGAAAAUAAGAUUGCCAAUUAUUUGAGUAAAAAUACGCCAAUGAAUUUACCUGGCCUCGCUCCCUACCCGGACUUCUUUGCUGCUGGACUUAUCGUGGUUUUGGCAGGUAUCCUUGCAUUUGGGGUGAAGGAGUCUGCCAUUGUCAAUAAGAUCUUCACAGCUAUUAAUAUGUUAGUUCUGAUUUUUGUCAUCAUUUCUGGAUUCAUCAAGGGUGACCUUGGAAACUGGAAGAUAACAGAAGAGGAAAUUUGGAACUACACAGUAACUGCAAAUCUCUCAACCUCAAAUGAAACUUUAUCCAGUUUUGGAAGUGGAGGAUUUUUUCCAUUUGGUUUUGAGGGAACUUUUGCUGGAGCCGCUACCUGUUUUUAUGCCUUUGUGGGAUUUGACUGCAUUGCAACCACAGGUGAGGAAGUCAAAAACCCACAGAAGUCUAUCCCUAUAGGAAUUGUGGCUUCUCUUCUCAUCUGUUUCUUGGCUUAUUUUGGAGUUUCGGCUGCUCUCACCCUCAUGAUGCCAUACUAUCAACUAAACGUUCAGAGUCCCUUACCUGUAGCCUUUACCUAUGUGGGCUGGGAUCCUGCAAAGUAUGCUGUGGCUGUUGGAUCUUUAUGUGCUCUUUCAACAAGUCUGCUGGGAUCCAUGUUUCCUAUGCCUCGCGUCCUGUUUGCUAUGGCCAGAGAUGGGCUGCUAUUCAAACCACUGAGUAAAAUGAGUUCCAGACAGAGCCCUGUCAUCGCCACACUCUGUUCUGGAAUAAUAGCAGCAAUACUGGCCAUGGUGUUUGACCUGAAGGCUCUAGUAGACAUGAUGUCUAUAGGAACGCUCUUUGCCUACACCCUCGUAGCCAUCUGCAUCUUAAUUCUUCGGUACCAACCAGAUCUGGCUGAGAUCAGUGAGAAACCAGAAAUUGAGAAGAAAUGGAAUCUUUUCGCCCCCCCUAAAAAGCCUUCUGCUAAAAGUUCUAAACUUGUAUCUUUGCUGACCGUGCUUACCAUGGUGUUUGCGGUUAUCCUGAGUGUGGCCAUCACGAAAGGUGUACAAGCUAAUGUGAUAGCAGAGUGGUGGAUGAUUCUAAUUAUCACUUUGGUUUCGGUGGUGUUUCUUGUGACUGUCAUUAUUAUUUGGCGGCAACCGCAGAAUGGUACCAAGGCUGCGUUUAUGGUCCCACUUGUGCCACUGCUCCCCGUUUUCAGUACAUUCAUUAAUGUCUACUUAAUGGUCCAGCUGGGGGGUGAAACAUGGAUUCGCUAUGCAGUGUGGAUGGCAAUAGGCUUGCUCAUCUACUUCUGUUAUGGAGUGCACUUCAGUGUACAGAAGAAACGGAACCAGACUUCCAAACAUCCCAUCGAUGUUGAGACAACUGAUGUUAAAUUGGAGGACGAGAAAAAAUCUGGAUGUACUACACCAACGCUACAAACCAAGUUUUAAAGCAGACAUUGAUGUCCAGUGCUUUGUUAGAAACUACAGUAGUUUUUUUCUUCUUUACUGAAAUUUGAGUUAAAAUAAUGUAUUAUGAAGUAUAAAGAUGAAUUUGUAACAAACUAUAAAACAAAAUGUUGAACACAGAUGCUGACCGACGUGUACACUCUCUAUGUGAUGAAAGCAUGAAACUUAAGGGUAUAUAUUUGAAUUACUCAGUGUUAGUAGUUAAUAAGCUGUUAUUUUAUUAUAUAUUUAUUAUUCUUUUUACUAAUCAUAAAGCCUAUCAAUAACACAGAAAAUCUGGUACUAUGCAAACCUAUGACAUUCAAAAUGUGAAUCUUCAAUUCAAAAAUGUAUAUAAAUGGCCCUAGCUAGCAAAUAUCAUUGCACCAAACCAUGUUAUUUAUAGUUGGUUAUGGUAAACAAUAUAUUAUUUAUCUGUUAAAAAAAAAAAAAAAGACUGUGAACUUUUUUCUUGUGUUUUGUUCUUCUAGUUGAGCUUGAAGAUGCGGUGUAAGUGUAAACCCAAUGAAAUACUAAAAAACUUUGUAAGAGAAAUGUGGGCAUGUUUGGUCUUAUGUAGCAUUUUCCAGGCCUCUGUUAUGACUGUUAUUGUACUAACCUUUGAAUCGUAUAUUAGACAAUGUUUCCAAUACCCUAUUCAUUGUUGAGUGUCAAUAAAUAUAUAUAUGCAUAUGCAAUAUUUACAAUAAUUUC